AUGGCCUCUCCACGCACGCAAGACAGCGGUUCUGCUACUGCCUCGUGCCAACCCGGUCCAGCAGAGGACAACAAAAUGGCAGGCCCAGAAUUGAGCAACCAAGUUGGAGAUGACACCACUAUCGAAAAUGGGGUUCCCCAGAUUCUGCCCAAGGGCAUCGUCGCGAACACAUCGGAAAUUUAUGCCGAGGUCGCAAGCUAUAAAAUCGUCCCUCUAGAACGGCUCAGGGAGUACUGGCGCGCACAGUUCAUGAUGGAGCAGCAAGGAAUACCAGAGAGGGAACAGGAGAGACCGCAAACAAGCGAGACUGGCCAGGACAAAAGGCGUGCAGAAAGUCCAGGCCAAGACAAGCCGGACACCGCCACAUCCGAAUCAAUUUCGAAGCCUUCCAAGCAGGCGGAAACAGCAGAAACAGCAGAAAAAUCCGUCAAACAGCAGGAAAUCGGUAAUACGAAGACCAGACAUGGAGAAAAAGAUGACGUUGUUCAGCCGAAGAAGAUUUCGUCAUCAUCCACAAGGCCGCCACCUUCGCAGUCAAUUCUCAAGAAGCCGAGGCCUUCCCUUGCUGGUCCACGCCCGACACCUCGCUUUGCAUUGCCAUCUGGCGAGCCGGCUGACGACAAGCCGAAGGAAGGAGCGGCUACAGGUGACAAUGCCGUUGAAGGUAAUAACGUCUUAAAGGCCGGCGCAAGCGCAGCUGUUGGCAGCACUAGCAGUGAACAGAGCACACCCAAACCCAAAGAACAGUCUUCGGUUAUUACUCCCAGCAGCAAAUCCGGAACGGCCAAACAAGAUGGACGCAAAGCAAAGCCAAAGCACGCCAAAAAAAAGUUUGUGGCAGGCAUGGCCUCGUCCAAGCGGAAGGCUGUCGUUGCAAAGCGCUCCAAUUCUCACUCUUCCACGGGCUCCGCUGCUACUGAGGCGCGUGAAUUAGUGUCGUCUCGCCAGUCGGAGCAAACAGCUGUUGAAGAAGAGGGAGUCGGUGAGAUGGAUGAGAUGGACGAGAUUGGAGAAAUUGAGGGCAUCGUAUCGUCAUCAUUGGGAUUGUCUGAUCGGGGCGCGGACGUCUCGCCUAGAGCGCAUGCUUCUGCAUCAAACCUGGAGAGACAAGCUGCACGGCCGAAGGGCACAGAGACUGCUGGAAAGCAGCCAACACAGCCGCCUCCGUUGCCGCCGGUGCGUCCGCAGCUGUAUACGUCGUCACCGACAUUGAUGUCACCGACAGCUUCGGUAGGAUCAGUGACGGGUUUGGCAACUGCAGCUGCUGCCAGAGGUCCACAGCCCGUUGUAGUCCAUCAAGGACCUGGACUGUCUGCAGCGUCGGGACAAGCUGCAACGUCAGCCAGUCUGGAGUCGACUGGUGGAUCGGGCAUUCUGGAAAUUUCCAUGGCGUCUCGAAAUCGACGCCCGGUGAGCCAAGUUCUGGGCGGACCAGGUGGCACGCCGAGCCGCCAGUAUACCAUGCCGGAGGUGUCGAGCCAGCGGAAACGACUGGCAACUGGACAGGGAUUCGGAGUGACGGGCGCGCCAGCGCCAAUAUCACCGGGCGCGAUCCCCCCUCGCCUCAGCCGGUCGCUCUCACAGGACAGCUACGCGCGGCAUCAUGUCGGCGACGGGGCCCAGCGGCCAGCAUUGCCACACGGGAUAGGAUCGGCUGCGAUCGCGGCGCCGUCGAUGGUGGCAGCCAGCGGGGUACUGAUCGAGACAGAAGGGCCAGACCCGUUUGAGCUGUAUGCGCAGACGGGACUGGAUGACGACGAAGAAGCAGAACGGCCGCUGGUGGAGAGCUCGUCCUACAACGAGCACAGUCCGGUGCAGCGGCAGCUCUUCACGCCGACACGGCCGUCACAGACGCCUCGCAUCCCCUUUGCUCGAACGCGUAGUCAGCUCAACAUCAUACUGGAUCGCGAGAAGGAGCGUCUUGGGCAGGGGAAUUUUGCAUCGUGGCAGGAGUCUCGGCACCGAGACCACGAGGGGGAUGAUCAACGAUCUGGACGGUGA